ACAACACUGUUAUGGCGUUUCAAGCCGGGGUGGAGACCCAUUUUACCGCUGGAUGAAGAAGAGGAGCCACACCAGAAGCUUCAACUCCUACAUACGGAACAAGAGGAAGAUGAACAGGUUGCUGACUUCCUAAAUUCCCUUCAACAUCCCUCGUUAACACUUUCCACGCCCUUUGUCACGAAUUCUUCUCCAAAAUCCAUUUGCUUUGAAACAAAACAACAAUAUUUGGACAACUCUAUUCUUCUAAUCGAUAAAGAGAACUCGCCACUGGAGCCACCCCUAGCAAUGCUUGUUGAUCAACCUCCGGUACUACAGCCACCCUUGAAACCACCUGAUCAAAGUCUUCCUACACAUCUAAGGCGUGCAACCAUUGAGGAACAUUUAGAAGAACCACGAAAUCUGUGUAGAACACAAUCAGAGCAAGGCAAUUUGUAUGGAACCCAACUGCCAGUGUUCGUGGAAGAGUCGAAUUUGGAGUUGAAGUCUUGUUCCACUUCUCCAUCACCAUCAACUCCGACGAGAGUACUGUCAUCUUGUCCGACCAAAUUUUCAUUGUCUUCUCCUACAAAACAACUGAUUCCAAAGUCACCACCUGCUCAACCAAAAUCAAGGUUGGAUCUGAAACCACAAGACAAAAUUUCAUGUUCACUUUUCGUAUCGACCUCACUGCUAUCUCUUCCGAAACCAAAUCAUCACACCGAAUCAUCACACCGACCAUACUCUACAGAUUCCAAACUUCAUAAUUGCGCACCUACGCACAACCUUGCACCUUGUGAUGAUGUCGAUUAUGAAGUUCCACCAAAACCUCCUGAUGAUAUUUCACCACGUCCUCCCAAUACUUCCAUAAGUAGUGUUGCUGGGUUUAUGUGCUGUGGAAUAAGAGAAUCAAAAAAAUAUCGUAAUAGUGGCUUCUCAGAUGCUGCCCACCACCUGUUUGUUAAAAUACCCCCAUUAGACAUUCCCACAAUUUAUUGGUAUUCUGCUGAUUUUCAGACUAUUGGAGGUUACCAUAACAACAAUGGAUACGCAAAUCAAGCGCCGGUGUGGAACAAUAGCUCUUAUAGUUCUGGUGUUGCAGCAACUUCAGUGCAGUAUCAGCAACAAUACACACAAUGUGCAGACUAUUACAACCAAACACAAGUUAGUUGUGCCCCUGUGACAGAGAACCUGUCUGUCCCAAGUUCAUCUACUUUGGGAUGUCCGAUUUCUGCAGCUACUAGUAGUUAUGCAACACUUCAAGCAUUGGUCAGGUAUGCAGUGGUGACAAGAUCAAACAAAGGAAUUGGAUUUGAGAUAGUUAAGCAAUUAGCUGAAGCUAGAAUCAAAGUGGUGCUUACAGCAAGAGAUGAACAAAGAGGUCUUCAAGCAUUGGAAACACUGAAAGCUUCUGGUUUAUCUGAUUCUGUUGUGUUUCAUCAACUAGAUGUGGCUGAUGCUGCAAGUGUAGCUGCUCUUGCAUAUUUUGUCAAAUCCCAAUUUGGCAAACUUGAUAUUCUGGUUAACAAUGCUGGGAUUGGUGGAGUUGAAAUUAAAGAUAGUAAUUUAUUCAGUUCAGCACUCAAUACGAACGGGCUGGCACUAUCUAAUGAUGAAUUGAGAAGUUCAAUGACACAAACAUAUGUGUCAACUAAAGAAUGUUUGCAAAUAAAUUAUCAUGGAGCUAAAACAACAUUUGAAUAUCUUCUUCCUCUUCUCCAGUUAUCAGAUUCACCAAGAGUAGUCAAUGUUUCAGUAGCAUUGGGAAAGAUAGAGCAUCUAUCAAAUGAAUGGGCUAAAGGAAUUUAUCAAAAGUUAUGUUUCAACUAUGGUGAUGGAGUUUCUGCUCAUUACUGUUGGGCACAUGCUGAAGACAUGACAACUUCAAGAAUUUCAUGCAAAAUUGAUGAACAACACCCUUUUGUUGUAUCGUUAUUUAGUGGAUGGAUCACUGAUAAGGCUGACCGCAGAAGAAGUUUCCAGUUAUGUGUUUUUCUUAUGAUCAUGGGAGCCUUAAUAAGUGCAACAACAAAUUCCUCCUGGGGCAUUAUUUUAGGAAGAUUAUUUUUUGGUACUGGAAUGAGACUUGGCCCACCUAUUGCAGCUCUUUAUGUGGCGGAGGUCUCGCCUACAAUUAUGCGUGUUGCUUUAGGGGGCUUAACGCAAAAUGUAAAAUGUCUCAGCCUCAUGGAAAAUAAUUAUGUUGCAACAUGCAAUUUAUUUGAAUUGGUUUUUUCAAUGAUUCUAAUGGAUAAACUUGGAAGGAAAGUGCUUCUACUGGGUAGUUUGUUAGGCAUGACAGUAACUAUGGGUAUACAAUUCUACAAGUCUGUCAAGUCACUGUUGCAAGCUCUUAUGCAUUUGGAGAAAUGUAUCUUUUUGGUGGCAUGUUGUUGUACUGUAAGUGCUAUCAUUUUCUCUUUUGCUCUUUUGUUCAUAGUGCUGCUUCGGUUCCUUGUCUUGGCUUGGAAUGAAAUUGUUUCUUACAUUUAAGGAUCUUACUUGUCUACAACCUUGAGGACAAGGUUGGUUUUCAAGGGGUAAGUAAUGAUAGGGAGUUUAAUAGAAUAAUUUAUUAUUAGUUUAAUUAGUAUUUUGAUGUAUUAGAUGAUAUAAUGUUUUCUAGAAUAUUCUAAUAGCUUUUGGGCUUUUAAUAGCUUUUGGGCUUUUAGUUAUUUAUCCAUUAGGAGCAUUAUAUAUGUAGUGUCUUUGACAC